CGGGGGGGGCAGUGGGGAGGGUGCCCAGGGUGGGGAUGCCAGCCCCUGGCACGGAUCUGUUGCUCCCCAGGAUGGGGACCCUGUGCCUGGGAUGGCGAUGCUGCUCCCGGGACUGCCAGCCUGCUCCCCGGAUGGGGAUUCUGCUCUUCCGAUUGGGAUGCCACUCCCCAGGAUUGGGAUUCCGCUCCCUGGAUGGGGAUGUUGCUCCUUUGGAUUGCAACGCUGCUCUCUGGACGAGGGUCAGGCUCCCCAGGAGGGGAAGCUGGGGCUUGGGCUGGGGACGCUACGCGGGGUUCUGGGCUGCUCCUGCUCCUCAGGACUGCGUUGCUGUCAGGGCUGCGCGGCUGUGGGUCAGCUGGGCUCAGCCCCCGUGGUGGCCGGAGCGGCCAUGCAGGGCUCAGGGCAGCGCCGAGGCUCCAGCCCCUGCUGACCCCUUUCUGCCCUGUGCCUCGACGGGGAUGGGAGAUGGGCACAGGCUGCCUGCGAGGCGUAUGGGGUACCCCUGCGUCACCCAUGGGGCUCAUGGGGUGCCUCUGCAUUGCCGGCAGCAAGCGGGGUCAGUGUCCUCCACUGCACUGAGCUGUGCCAGGUCUCGGAGCCCAACCUGCAGAAGCCAGGCGCAUCUGCCCCAGAGGUCGGGGCGAGCCAGCCCGGGGCAGAGCGUGGACUCAGGGACCGGGCACACGGCUCCUUGAGGGCACAGCCCCGGCACUUGGUGGCUUAAUGCCAAGCAGGGAGCUGUGUGGGGAGGUGCGAGGCCAGCUCCACCGAGGGCUCGGCUGCCGGCUUCCGGCGCCUCUCCCUCCUGGCAUCCUCCCUGGCAUCCCUACCCACAGCCAGCUACCUGCCAUCUCUGCCCGCAGCAUGCCCUUACAAGGGCACAGGCACGGCUCCCGCCGCACUCCUGCUUCGCCCGCGCUCCUCCCCAGCACCAGGACCCACCGGGCCGAGGCCACCCCACAGCACCACAGGCAUGGCGUGGCCACCCCGCCAUGCCACGGCCACCGUGCUGUGCCAUGGCCACCCAGCCCUGCUCCUGUCACCCUGCCACCCGGACCCCUCUGCUCUGCAGCCCCCGUGGGGGCAGCAUGGCUGCUCCGGCUGGAAGGCACGGCCCUGCCAGGGACGUUCAUGCUGGCCAAGAGCCAGCGGGCAGCUGAGCAGGCAGGGGACGGGGAUGAGGCUGCUCUCCUGCGCAGCCCGAGCCAGGGAGCAGGGACAAGGCACCUCUGCCGGGAUGGGAACCGUCUGUCCGGGCAGGCUGGGGGGCGGUCACGGCCACGCACUUGCCUCCAAAUGCACCCAGAUGGAGCUGAAGUGCUGUUGCGUGGCAAGGGAAGAGCCAGGAGGAGUGCACAUCCCCGCUGCACCAAGGUGGGAGGUGGAUGCAACAGGGUGCUGGGGUGGCCGCAGGGUCCCUGGGCAGGGGGACGGCAUCUCUGCAGCCUGACAGUCCCCAUCCUGCCGCCAGGUCUCCCAGCCGCUGCAGACAUGGCGAACAAGGGCCCGGCUUAUGGCAUGAGCAGGGACGUCCAGUCCAAGAUCGAGAAGAAGUACGAUGACGAGCUGGAGGACCGGCUGGUGGAGUGGAUCGUGGCGCAGUGCGGGGCGGCAGUGGGUCGCCCCGAGCGGGGCCGCCUGGGCUUCCAGGUCUGGCUGAAGAACGGCAUCGUCCUUAGCAGGCUGGUAAACAGCCUCUACCCUGAUGGCUCCAAGCCCGUCAAGAUCCCCGACACCCCUCCCACCAUGGUCUUCAAGCAGAUGGAGCAGAUCGCCCAGUUCCUCAAGGCGGCCGAGGACUAUGGCGUGGUCAAGACGGACGUGUUCCAGACUGUCGACCUCUUUGAAGCCAAGGACAUGGCGGCGGUGCAGAGGACACUGAUGGCCCUGGGAAGCCUGGCGGUCACCAAGAACGAUGGGCACUACCACGGGGACCCCAACUGGUUCAUGAAGAAAGCGCAGGAGCACAAGCGGGAGUUCACCGAGAGCCAGCUGAAGGAGGGCAAGAACGUCAUCGGCUUACAGAUGGGGAGCAACAAGGGGGCAUCACAGGCGGGGAUGAGCUAUGGCCGGCCCCGGCAGAUCAUCAGCUAAGCAGCCCCCCUCACCGCCCCCAGCCCUCCCACCACCGGGAGAGCAGCCCCAGCCGGGACCUCCAUCUUCGCUCCCCUCGGCUCAGCGCGUCACAGCCGCCCGAGCACCGGCGGCCGCCACCGCCCCUCACCGAUUGGUAUUUAUGGACAAGAAAACUCCAGCCAGCCCAAACGACCCUUCAGCGCAACCAACGGCAGCACAUGCCUAGCCGCAGCAGCGAUGCACCCAGCCUCGGGGACCUCGGGGCAGCUGUGCUCCGGGCAGCCUCUCCCCUCCGGCUUCGCACGAUCCCGCUGCACCCCCGUGAGCCCCUGCUGCCAGCCGGUCCCGUCCCCGCCGCGCUCGCUGGCACCUGCGGGUGCCCUGCCGCCCUCCCCGGGACGGCGGGUGGGAAGCCACCCCACCUGCCCACAGCCCCGCACGAGCCCCGCGCCACUGCCGCAGAGAUCCUUGCAAACGGGGAGAAAAGAAAAUUGGCCUCGGUUUUGUACUUUGUUUUUUUGUCAAAAUUAAAAGGUUAUUCAUCUA